GGGAGUUGACCUGGAUCCACUUGGGUUUAAAUCCCAGGAUCUGCCCUCUCCUGUUUGCCUGCAAAUCAUUGACCGGGUCGUGCACUUGAUAGUUUGUGGUGUGCUUCAAAACUUAUCAAACAGCACACUAUGGAAACCAUUGGUGAGAUCAUCCCCUUCGCUAAGGAGAUGCUAAACCAGAGGCCAAGCCGAGGCAUGCUCAAGAUCUACAUGCUUGGCUCAACUAUGAUAGUACUGGGAGCUGUUGCUGGACUGAUGGAAACAAUUUUGCUGCCAUUUGUGGAGCAGGAGACUGUUGAGGACGCACCAGCUGAGCUGAUCGUGAAGAAGGAGAAGCAGAAAAAGCAGGUGUUGAAGUCACACACCACCUUGGUUCGCCCCGAAGUUGUUGACGUGAUGGAUACGGUAGUGAUGGAGACCAAGGCCAAACAUCUGGUGACUGGGCAGAGAAGCUCUAACCGCCUAUAUGCUUCUUAAAGAAACCCUUCCAUCCUGCUGUAAAUGGACACAACACUCGCAAUGUUGAUGGUGAUGGUGGUAAAUUAAAACCCCAAGUGGAAAUGGU